AUGCAAGAUAACCAAAAUCUUCAAUCUCAGAUCAAAUUUAUAAUAGAAAAAAUUGAACCAAUAAGACCACCCCCAGUUAUAAACUAUCCAUUAAUUUUUGACAAGAAAAAAUCAGAUCCUAAUAUAGGAAAUACAUGCUAUCUUAAUUCCCUCCUCCAAGUACUUGCAAGCAAUAAUGAAUUUUAUGAAAAAAUCCAGACUUUGGAAUAUGGAUUAUUUUCUACUUUAUCGUCUCUAUUAUUGAGUAUUAGAAAUCCUAGGUCUAAUGAUACUCAAAAGCUUGUAAGUUCUUUUAAAUAUCAACUUGAUGCAGAAUUCCCUUGGGUAAUCUUUAUAUAG